GUGACUGGAGUGCAGGUGCAGGUACGUUUGAAGUAUUCGUGCAAGUAUUGUGGAUUUUAUAACGAGUAUUGUGGAUUUUAGCGCGUCUCUCCGCUGUAACGCCGGGCUCCGCCCAUGCGGCUAUAAGAGCCCAGCUGACCAGGUGGCCACGGUCCGUCCUCGCAACAGGCCGACGCAACCUGCCCUCGCACUCAGUCCGCUUGUUGAGAACUUUUUUCACAGCUUCUCCGUCGCCCUCGUGUCGCACUGAGAUGUUGGAUUUGUUCCCUGUUUGAUGUAACUGGGGAUCAGGAGCCGGGACCGGUCACGUUCAACCAUGACUUUCGCCAUGCUGCGGCCCGUGGCGACGCACUUGAUCUACUCGGACUUCGCAGUCCUGUCCGAGGACGAUGAAAACCGCAGCGAGAGCGACGGCGACUCGGAGCAGAGCUGCUGCGGCUCCGGCGACAAGCGCAGGAGGAUUUCGCGCAAACUGGAGGGGGACUCCGCGGUGGCGAUGAAGCAGCGGAGCGCGGCGAACGCGCGCGAGCGGGGCAGGACGCAGAGCGUCAACACCGCCUUCACGGCCCUGCGGACUCUCAUACCCACGGAGCCCGUGGACAGGAAGCUCUCCAAGAUCGAGACCCUCCGCCUGGCGUCCAGCUACAUCUCCCAUCUGGCCAACGUGCUCCUCACCGGCGACGGCGGCGCGGACGAGCAGCCGUGCCUCGGCGCGGUCCACGCGCAAGGAGACGGCGGAGCGAGGCAGCCGCGGACUAUCUGCACCUUCUGCCUGAGCAACCAGAGGAAAGGGAUAAAGGAUGGCAAAGACUGUUUAAAGGUGCGAGGCUUGACUCCACUGCGAGUGAGACGCUGACGCUGGGACCCGUGAAUGAGUAUCAACCUCAAAAUCCUCAAGGACUUUCUCAGGGAAGAGUUGAAGCUAGUGUUUCUACACACACACACACACACACACACACACACACACACACACACACACACACACACACACACACACACACACACACACACACACACACAAA